AGUAAACCAUAACUUCUUUUUAUCACGUAUUUUAUGAAGAGGUUGAAUGGAUGGUAAUUCGUACUUUUCAGUAAAUUUUCCUGCCUGCUUGGUAUUUCAUACUGUUGGGGCCUGUGUGUGUGACCGUGAGUUAGGGAAUCUCAUGCGAGCGGAGGCUACUUUGUAUCUACCUGCUUUCGCCUUCUCACCGAUGCUGCCAGAUCUCCCAUGUCACUCAUAACUGAUCCUAACUACCUUGUUCAUCAGAUGCGCAUAAAAUUUCUGCGCACUGAUGAGCGAGGUGAACGAAUGAUCUCCUUCAAUCCAAAUGUUAUGACCAAUGAUUACAUUCGUACCGCUGCUCCUGUAUACCCUGAGAUGCACCUCUGUUAUUCACCUGUAUAUGACAAUCCCUUGAACAUGGGCCCUAACAAUCUAUUGACAAAUAGUCCUCGUACUAUGAGAAGUGGCUUUCGCUCGAGAAAGAAAGACGUGACCAGCUCUGUCCAUCCAGCUGCUACAACUCCCUUGCCAGACGAUGCCACCAAGGCCAGUAUGGAAAGUGCAGAAUACUAUGAUAUGGACGAUGUAGAGGUGACUGGUCGCAGAGAACGAGCUUCAUCCGAUGGCCAGCAAAAACGCUCGUUGAACAAGCGAUUAUUUGCCCCAGCCGUCAUGAUUACCGGUGCUUCACAUUCCACUUCGGCCGCUCGUAAAUCAAGAGCCUCUAUGGACUCCCUCACCGCUGCGGUCAGUUCUGCUGACAUUGCUGUGAACAACCGAAUUUUUAGUCCAGACACAGACAACAAUCCGGCCAGUGAAGACGGAAGCAAUGGUGCAUUUCCAACGUCUCCACUGGAACCUUCCAUCUACUCUCCAAUUGAUCCUUCUCUGCAUUCAUCGGAAGACUUGAAUCAAAAAUCCUCCGCCAUUAACCAUGCGCAGCCGCUAGUGUCCGACCUGGCUUCCCGACGAAAAGCUCGACGUCGGUCCACCCUAGAAGCUCAACAACCAGCCGUCCACUUUGACCAACCACCACCCUCCAUUUCACCUGCUCCUGAAAAGCAACACAUUUUGUCUCUCGUUGAUGAUCAAGAUACCACGACCCCGCUCAUCUAUGAUCGAAAACCAUUACUGACUAGGCCACCUUUAGCCACUCGACGGUCCACCUUGUCAGCCAUGAUUGCUGAGAAGGGUAAGGCAGCAGAGAACCCCUUUGCCGAGGAUUAUUCGUUUGUUUCUGGAAAAGGAGAAACCAGUCCCACCAUGCUUUGUGUCUAUUUACCGUUUUGCUCAGAGCCCGAGACGCCAGUGAACAUCACAGUGCGAUCCGACGCUCUAGUUGAAGAAGUCAUUGGAUUCUUGUUGUAUCAGUACAUUGAGCAAAAGAAGACGCCAAAACUUGAGCCGGAAAUGUGCGAUGUUGUCCGAUGGGUUCUACGGAUUGCAGAAGAGGAUGGAGAAAUUGAAGAGGAUUUGCCAGCUGUCGACAGAGCACGCCGUAUCAAUCGUAUCUCCUUUGAUCAAUUUGCUUUAUGUGAAGCGACACCAUCACAAGUCAAACAAAAUGAACAAACGCACGCGAGGUUGGCGAAAAAUCGCCCCAAGAAAGAACCAGCUUUGAUGGUACCUCCACUUUCUGGCCUCACUGGAGCAAGUGCGCCUGCCCCCGAUACGGGAAAACCCAUCGAGGCCAAUAUUGUACCGGUCGACCAACCCGAUACCAUAGCCAUUACUUCGAAUCUGACCGAUGGGUUAGCCGAUAGCCAAUUGAAACAGGCCAACCCACAGGCAACAUUGUCCAACGAGCAAGUCUCGUCUGCUAAUGUUGCUGUCCCUGUUCCUUCUCAGAAAAACAUGCUGACCAAGUCCACCAUGACCAUGGCACCUACACAACAUUUCCGUAUCAAACUGAUGACCAACGAAGAAGUAUCGGCUACUACCACCCUCCCUGUGCAUGCACAAAUGUUCAUGGGCGAUGUACUGGAAUUGGUGUGUCGCAAACGGAAACUGGACACCAAUGAAUAUAUUCUCACUUUUGCUGAUUUUAAUAUGAUUGUACCCAAUGAUACAACGGUUGAAAGUCUCAAUGGCAUUGUGGAUCUUUGUCUGAUCAAAAAGAGUGCUGCUACUGGACUUAAUGUUGCAAGCUCAUCGCAUAUGUGGCGAUCUCCCAGCAAAAAGAAAAAGGAAGACAUGUACCCUGCUGCACUGUUCUCUCCUAACAGUUCCAACCCAUCUGUUAACGAAAACUCCAUGUCUUCAUACAAGCGUUAUACAGUCAAUCGAAAAAUGCCAAUGUUUGUCGGCAAGCGUGAAAGUGUCCUUGCCAUUGAUGGCGACUAUGUUCAUAUCAUGCCGCCUGAAAAGACUGGCAUGUUUGAUUCCGUGAAAACGACGUCUUUCCAUGUUAGCCAGGUGUUAUCGUGUAAGCAGAGCAAAAAAGCACCUAACAAUUUCAAAAUUUCGGUGAUAAAGGACCGCGACCACGACCACAAGACUUAUGAACUUGAAGCAGAAACUGCCAAGGAUGCACGAGAGAUUUGCUCUCGCAUCCACUUUCUUGUGCAGGUGUCGCGGGCGACCAACUAAACCAAGCUUCAUUCUACAUUCCUCCUGACAUAGCUUUUUCUUCCUCUGUAAAUAGAAUAUCCACUGCGUUAUCAUCAUCGAAUUGUCAUAAAAUUGCCUGCCUGCCUUUGUGUCACCUUUCAACACUUUAAUAAAUAUCAGGGCUCUCCUUUGACUUUAAGCUAUCUUCUUUU